CCCUACUCUCCCCAUCCCCUUCCGUACACCGACACUCCCUCCACUGUGACUGUGAGAGCUCGAUCCCUCGACCAAAUCCACCGAUCGUCCCCAACAAUGGUGAAAACGGUGGUCGGCGAGGAAACCCUCCUCAAACCCUUUGAGGAUCGCCUCUUCGAAUCCGGAUCCCAAUCUCAAGUUGGGCUUGUCAUUGGCAAGCUAAGCCCUAAUUCGGAGCGAGGAUUCGUGUACGCGUUGAUCCCCACGCCGCCCACCGAUGGCGGAGGCCCCGCGUGCUCCCUCAGAUCCGAGGGCGGCGGCGGUCGCGAGGAGAAGAAGAAGGGAUCGAAGGGUGGUAAGAGCUCGAACGAAUCGCCCCCUUCCAUUGUUAUCGAUGGGGAUUGGGUCUCCGAGCACGCGCGCCAGGUGUCGAGAAUGAUGAUUGGUGGAAUGGAAGUGAUUGGGAUAUACAUGUGGGCGUCGGAAGCCUCUUUUAAGGCCACUUCGCCUGCUACACUAGUGCAGGUUAUCAGGGGUGUUGCAGAAGCAACACCGCGGUAUGAAAGCGGAUUUGAUGAGAGGCUGCUCAUUCACAUUUCUUAUAGCCCAAGAAGGUGGGCCUCUCGAAUCUGCACAUUGGCAUCAGCUAAUUUGCAGCCAUGCGACUUCAAAAUGGGCAAGCUGUUAGCUUCUCUUCAAGCUUUCAGUUGUGCAUAUAAUUUUGAGAUACGAUUACCAAUUGAUCAAGCUUUUGAUUCCACAACUUUCAAGAAUGUUACUUUGAAGGGAAUCAAUCACCUUGCCAAGGAAGUACAAUUUGCAAAAGUCUUGAUAGAUGGCAACUUGGUAACUGAAGAUCUGCCCGCUAUGACUGGGGGUCUACAUAAAGUUGAAUUCCUUUUACCAUUCAAGGGAGAUGCACUUGCUGAAGCACGCAGUAUAGAAGAAGUUGCUGGACUUGUUGUCUACCAUGGAACUGUUUUUGGCACAGCAUACUUGGGUCCAAGAGAACCUGUUUCACAAGCUAUAUCUGAUCUAAAGGGGGAUAUUAUUACCAGCCUAAGAUGCAGACUUGAUAUAAUUGCGGAUGAAGCAGAAGUGGCAUCAAGUGCUAGCGAUGCUGUAGCAGAUCAAGAAGGUGCACCAGCUGAGAAACCCGUACAGGAAAUAGUUUUGCAUGAAUUAAGAAAACAUUUUUGCCUUUCAUUUCCUAGAAGAGUUCUGGUCCCUUGGUUCGAUGACGUUUUCAUUUGCGACUAUCUCCAGCCAUCAGAAACAUUUGAGGAUACAAAAGAUCGCUGCAAAGAGAUGUUGUCGAUGGAAACUCCACCAGAGAUUUCCGCGAUGCUAGAACCGGAAUCGGAAACAGCUUUUCUUAAUGGAAAAUCCUUCUGGGAUGUGGUUAAAAAUGGAGAUGUUUCAGAAUCUCUCAAUAAUCUCACGAACGAAACCAGUUCAAGCAGAGAAACCGACACCAGGAAAUCAAAAAACAGUAAUUCCAGCUAUUUGGUUGCUUUACUCGUCCUACUAGCUGCGCUUUUUAUUGGGUUUGCAGUUGCAUACUUUGGAUCUUCAAAAGCAGCUCCAUGACACUGCACUUUGAUUCCAUCUUUUACAUUUUUUUUUAAGGAUAUCUUUAUGGACUUUUCAGCCCCUUGUGAAAUUAUAUACUAUAAGGUUCUUGCCCAUUGUAGUUUUGGUUAACUCAACAAUCUUUUUCCUUAGGGUGCUUUGCUUAUGGUGCGAACUUAAAACAAUCUUGUUUCUUCUUAUGGUGUUUUGCUUAUGGUGUGAACUAAAAACAAUCCUGUUUCUUUAGGGGUAAUAGCUACGCUUCCGAAAUAGGAUGCACCAUUACUUUCUAGUGAAGGGGACUGUGCUUAGCUGAGCUUUGCUGUA